GCAUGUGUGAGGUCGCUGUCAAGCACGGCUGUUGCGUAAAUAAAAUAUACAUAGCCAGGCAGCGGACAAAAACCUAAAUCAUGGCCACUUUGGCUAGAUUGUUUCAACGAUUGUCCGUCUCGGCUUUGCCGAAAGACGUCCGCUACACCGCUGUGCGUCCCAUAUCGCUGGAAAGUUUGGAAAUACUGCUGAACAAACCGAAGCCGGGUGGCGGAAAGUCAUACCGGCGAAUCGUUCACUAUCCGGAACAGUACACCAUAGAACCGCUGAACGUUACAAAUCUAGCCGGUCGGGAUCCGAAAACAGGCCGCCUGGUGGCGAAAGGUAUCGGUGGCGGUAUCAAGCACAAAUAUCACUGGGUAAAGUGGGUUCGAGAUGGGCCAAGCGAAGGACCACCGCAGAUUGAGAAAGUGAUCGAAGUGUUUGAUGAUGGUUGUCGUACGGCAAAGGUGGCAUUGGUAGCGGUAGGAAAUGAGAUGAAAUACAUCCUGGCGACGGAAAACAUGAAGGCGGGCGAUCUAUUAAAAACAUCGCGCUUUAUCCCCCGUAUACCCGUCCGUGCCAAUGAAGGAGAUGCCUAUCCGCUUGGUGCCCUGCAGGUAGGCACCCAAAUCCACUGUCUGGAAAAGUAUCCUGGACAACCCUGCCAUCUGAUUCAUGCAGCCGGUUCGUAUGGAACAAUUCUGCGCAAGUUUGGCGAACUGGUGGUCGUGCAGCUACCUUCGAAGCAGGAAUUUGCAUUUCAACAAACGUGCAUGGCCACGGUAGGGCGCGUCUCCAACGUUGCCCACAGCAAAACGCCGAUCGGUUCUGCGCAGAAAAACCGAGAGCUGGGUAAUCGUCCUCGUUCUGGCCUGUGGCAGCGUAAGGAUGGGCGACAUGGUCGAAAGGUGCGUCGUUUGCCUCCAAUGCGUGUAAUUGCUCCUCCAGCCGAAAAACCAGCCGAACCGUUGAAAUUGACCUUGAAACUGUGAGCAGGGAAAGGUCGUUUCUACGGUAAGUUCUCUAGCAAAGCAUUGUCAAUCGAAAACGCAAAGUAAAUUUAACACAGCAAAUUUUGUGUUUUUGGUUGAUGUAAUAGUUCAUUCAGGCUUCAAGCUCGCGCGAUCAAUAAAUUCUACUGCCUAUCGGUAACACUUUAA